AUGGGUCGCGACGAUUCUUCAGAUUCGGAUGAUUAUCGAUCGGAUAGAGAUAGAGAUCGAAAAGAUUCGCGUCGUCGACGUGAUGAUCGACAUCGCGAUGAUCGUAGAAGAAGGUAAAUUUAAAGUGUUUAUUUUUGUGUUAACUACAACAACAAAAAACUGACUUACCCUAACUUAACUUUUCUCGCAAAAUUUAAAAGAAUCAAUAGAAUUUUGUGAUUUUUACAGCCUUCGUCUAGUCAUUCAAUGACAACAAAUCAGGGUCUGAAUAACUAAUAAUAAUAAUGAUAAUUAUUAAUUGUUGUAUGUUUUUAUAAAAUGUAAUUUUUGCCUGCUUUUGCAAAAUGCGCGAAACGCGGAGAAGUUUGGCAAAUCCUAUUUGAGGAAACAAUUUUAUAUAAGAAAAUCUACAUAAAAUCCCUGCCCUUCUCCGCGUUUAUAACUUUUUUCAUCGUUUUUCCAAAUUAAUUUUUUUUCACGCCUAUUCUAAUUAUUUUAAAUCAUAUGUUUCAGUCGUUCUCGAUCUUCUUCACCUCGUCAUCGACGUGGAAGAGAAUCAACUACAACAACAACAAGUAGAAGAAAGAAUGAUGAUAGAAGUGGAAGAUAUGGAAGCUAUAAGGAUGUUGUAUUGAGACCAACAGUUGCUGUACAUUUUGGGCAACCGGCAAUUGAUGUGGCUGAUUUUGAUAAUGGAGUUAUGAUGUUGACAAAAGCGGAGCAAAGUGUGAGUUUUGUUGAAAACAGCAAAACCGUUGAGAAUUUUGAACUAAAAUUUAUUUGUUAAAACGUGAACUAUGCUUGAAUAUAACUAAAAAAGUAGAUUUUGAUCAUUUCGAUUUUUUUUCGCUGAACAUUUCUAGGAAUAUUUUGGAGGGUCAGAAUGAAAAAAAACACGUGAUACGCGAUUCAAAAAUACUAUUUUAGGGAGACCUCGAAUUCGCUCGCGAAAAGUUCGAUUCGUUUCUCGCUCGUUACCCAUAUUGCUAUGGAUUUUGGACAAAAUAUGCAGAAUACGAGAAGAAAUACGGAUCGAUGGCUGAUUCGAAAGAAGUUUGGGAACGAGGAAUUAUCACAAUCCCAUUAUCGAUUGAUUUAUGGUUGGGAUAUAUUGCACAAAUGAAAACUGUUCCAGAUUUUCCAUCGGAUCGGAUUAGAGAGUUGUAUGAAAGAGCUCUGGAAAUUGCUGGCCUAGAAUAUCAAUCGGAUAGAUUGUGGCUUGAUGCAAUUGGAUUCGAAAGAUCUGAAUAUAUUCAUUUGAUGUGUACUGGAAAUCGAGAAGCUAAUUGUCGAAAAAUCGGCAAUUUAUUUGAUAGAUUACUUUCGACUCCAACAAUGCAUGCGGCAACUCAUCUUGAAAGAUAUACAGCUUAUAUAAAUACAAUUGAGCCAAAUAUGUUGUUAUCAAUUGAAGAAUAUCAAGAUAUUUUUGAUUUGGCGAGAAGAGAUAUUCAAAAAGAUACAAGUGAAUUGGUUCAUCAAGUUCAACAAACUUAUAUUGUCAAAUCACUUCCACCAAAUAAUCAAUUAUCAAUUGUUGGAGAAAGAGAUGAAACAACUUUUGAAGUAACUGUUAAUUUAAUGGAACAUGAUCCAGAAUUACUUAAUGCGAUGCGCGCUGAAAUUGUUACGAGAAGAAGAAAAAUAUGGGAAAAUAAUAUGAAGAAAUGUGAAAAACGAGCGCUUUUUGAGGCGAAUAUCAAGAGACCGUAUUUUCAUGUCAAACCAUUGGAUAAUCCACAAUUGUUCAAUUGGUUUGCAUAUUUGGAUUUUGAGAUUUCAGAAGGAGAUGAGGAUCGAAUUCGAAUUCUUUUUGAGAGAUCUUUGAUUGCUUGUUCUCUUUAUGAAGAGUUCUGGAUAAAAUAUGCGAAAUGGUUGUGGAAAACAUCGAAAUCCAAAUCAUCGGUUCGAGAGAUUUAUAAACGCGCAAAAGUUCAUAUCAGAAAUUCUUUGAACCUCACUCUCAAUGAAUCCGCAUUCGAGGAAAAUCUUGGUUUGUCAUUUUUUUUCAACUCACCCCACUAUCUCAUUCUUUCAUUCAUUUUUUUUCCAGAAAACUACCAAGACGCUCUUCAAAUUCUUUCCGAUUUUCGUCACCAUUUUCCCGGUUAUGUUUUAUUGGAAAUGCGAUAUAUUGGAGUUUUGAGACGAAAAGCUGAAAAAGAGGGAAACGGCUUCGAGACGGUGUUAAAUCAGUUUGAAAAAUUGAUAGCCGAGUCGAAAAAAUUGCCGAAUCUCUACUCGUUUUAUAGUCUGAAAUUUGCGCGUUUCCAUCAAAAAGUUCGAAAAGAUGCGAGAGUUGCGCAGAAAAUAUUGAAACGAGCGAUUGAAGCAGAUCCGAGAAAUUUGCAAUUGUACACACAAUUGAUUGAUGUUUCGUAUACAUCAGAGGAUAUGAAUGAGGUGAGCCUUCCUUCUUCCAUAAAAAAAUUCGCAAAAAAAUCGCGGUUUUUUUAGAACGAUGUGAUUGAUGCUUUCGAUUCGGCGUUGGAGAGUCAGCUGCGACUCGAAGAUAAAAUCCGAUUCAGUCAACGAAAACUCGAUUUCUUGGAAGAACUUGGAACUGAUGUUUGGACAAUUGAAGAACAUCGUGAUUAUCAUUAUCAUUUACUUUCUCAACUUCCCGAUAAUGUGACAAUUCGCACGAGAUUUGUCAAUGAUCCAUCGAGAAUCUCGUUUGCUCCACCGAUUCCACAACAAAUGCCCCCAAUGGGAUGGCAACCACAAAUGGCACCGCCAAUGAAUAUGAGUGAGUUGGCGAAAAAAAAACUAGGCCGUUUUCAAAAAGCUCUAAUGUUUAAUUGAAAUUGUUAUCUGAAAAAUGCUUAUCAAACAGAGUGAAACCUGAAAACAUUCUCAACUGUUGAUUUUUGUAAAAUAAAAAGAAACACAUUUCGACGUGAACUUUACAUUUUUCACACGGCGUGUUUUGCUUCUCAUUUCUAAUAUUUUUCCUUUUUUUCAGUGCCACCAAUGAUGCCAAUGCAAGCUCCUCCGCCAGUUUUUAUGCCACAACAACCAAUUCAACCACAAGUUCAUCUAACUCUUGUUGAACCAGUUGUUCAAUCGGAUGGAUCGGGUACACCAAUGGAAUAA